GUCAUUUGUAGCAAUUAGUCACUUUUGCUUUUCAAGUUGGUAACUAUGCAACACGCUGAAUGUCACACAUUGCUGAGUCUCCGAAGUUGAAACACAAGAAGAUGCGCUAUAAAAAAGCCUCAAUGAAACGUCGUGUCACGGUGCAUUUCGGUGAUGUAAGGGUGGUGGUCCCUUGUCAAGAUGAAGAUACCACCGUAGCUGACCUGGCUGAAGCCGCGGCGAUCAGGUAUAAGAAGGCAACGGGUAAGAUGGAAACCGAUGUACGAAUACUACGAAUGCAAUGCAUUAGCGAUGAAGGCAUCUUGGAUAUGGAUGACAAGAUUGUAGAUGUUUUUGAUGAAGCUCGAGAUCAGAUCCUUGCAAUCUACGACGAACAAACACCGAACGCCAGUGACGCAACCGACUACAAUAAUACUACACCCACAGCUGCACGUGGUCCUGUCGUGGGAAGAGUUCGAGACAGUGUUGUGGAAAUAGUCAGCCUGGAGAAUCCACCGAGCAACGGCUUACGCGUUUCGUCAUCGGUGACGAAUAACCGGACCCCGGAAAGCAGUGCAGCAGCAACCACCGCUGCGGCGACGUCGUUUGCUGUGAUCGGAGGUAAAAGCGGCGAAAAAGAACGUCAAGAGCCACCAGUUCGAUCGUCGUUACGUUCCGAUACAUCAACUCCUACACGACAUCGUGUCACACUUAGUCCUGAAGUUGAGAAGAAACUGGCAUCCGGUGGUGAAAAGGACACACGAUUAACUCGCACUUCGGCGAGGAAAUCGCGUCUUACCGAAAGCUUCUUCGAUGCGGUUGAACGACUCGAAGAUGCGCGCGAAGCGGCGGCCGCUUCGUCCCGCAUGUCCCCGAUGAUGACGAGGCGACAACGUGCCUAUCUAAGACCGGCUCUUGAUCCGGAAAAUACCGUGAUUAUUUUUCCGGACGAUGAUCUGACGCCUAUGGGUAUCGAAGUUACGGGUGUGCAAGACGAUCCAUCUUCUACAAAUGGGCGUUUGUCUGCAGUGCAAAUACUGCGAAUAGAACCUGAUGGACGAGUAGGAUUAGAUGGUCGCUUGAAAGUUGGCGACAAUAUUGUAGAGAUUGAUUCUCGUCCUGUUUAUCAGAUGUCCAUUGUACGUGCUAGAGCCUACCUCAGCGAGCUGCAGUCACAUUAUGAGCCAUCAUUGACAAUAGCGCGGCCGUUGUCCACUUUUGCGGAUUCGGGAAGUUUGCUGAGAGAUCCCGCUACUUCUUCCAUUCAAAGCAGACCAAUUCUAUCAGCGUUGCAGCAAGCAAACACUCAGCACAUUGGACAUACAAAAAUUGUGGAGUUGAAGAAAACUUCGACUGGUUUUGGUUUUACCGUUACGGGACGAGAAACUGCAAAAGGUGAACGAUUGUUCUACAUUGGAACGGUCAAACCGAAUGGAGCUGCUCUAGGUCACCUCAGGGCAGGAGAUCGGUUGCUGGAGCUGAAUGGCGAACCAACUGCAGAUCUGACCCAGGCCGAGGUGGUCGACCGCUUGAAAAGGGCGGAUGUGGGAGAAACGGUCACAUUCUUGGUCUCCAGAUUAGUGCAACCGGAGGAGGAUGACGAGAAGAAGAGCAACUCCAGCGAGAGGGAAAAUCAACCUCCAACCCGGAAAUUAGCUGUGAUAAAGCCAGUUAGUGACGAUAAGAAGUCAAUGCCAUCAACAUCUAAUGCUGCGACGACGACGCAAUGUAGUGGAGAUGUAGAAGAGCUGGAACUAGUCAUUCCACUGAAUGAUACGGGAAGUGCUGGUUUGGGAGUGAGCCUUAAAGCACGGGUAACAGUUCGAACGAAUGGGACGAGGCAAGAUUGCGGAAUAUUCAUCAAAAAUGUUCUCCACGGGGGUGCUGCUCAUAAAGAUGGUCGCCUUCGAGUUAACGAUCGUAUAGUAGGAAUAGAGGAACUAAGACUAGAUGGGGAGACCAACGCUACAGCUAGUGAAGCUGUUUCACGGCGACUCAAAGCCAUAGGUCCCACGGCUAAGUAUGUACGAUUAUUUAUUCAACGCGCUAGGACACCACAGAUGUCGCGAUCUAUAUCGCAACCUCAGGCGGUGUCGAGAGUCUGCGUCGAUGGUGAUGAGGGACCGUCUAGAAUCUCUGUGAUAGCCACGGAAUCUACUUCCUCUGAAGGGAAGCCGUCGCCUUCGGAUGGUUUGGAUUCAGAUAUUGGAAGGUUAGAUGAGUCUGAACUCGCAAAUGUCUCGGAUCCAUUCAGCAGAGAAGCACCAACACGAAAAAGUCUUAGCGAAAAGCGUGGCAUGGGAGCUACUUCUGAUCCACACCAUAUAAAAUUGUUCCAAGACAUCAAGCAUCAGCGACAAACUAGUGCUCCCCUAUCUUCCGCGAUGACCACUUCGCUUUCUUUCCAUGGGCAAGGCGCGGGUAGAUCAGCAUCACAAAGAGCGGCAGCAAGAGCACGAAGUCAAUCUGUGCACCCUCGUGCUCCUGCACCGCCUAAGAUAAUGAAGAUGUCAACACCGACCACGCAAGUAGAACCACGGCUCCAUAAUAGCGCUCCAGCUGCUUCGGAAAAACGCCGUUCUCAAAGUGCUGAAAGCAACGCACAUGAAAAUCGAGCCACACCGAAGACGCACAGUGCUAUGCCAUAUCGUGGUGCGCUCACUAGUGACAGCUUCCGACAGGCCACCGAUUACUAUGAUCUCCAUGGUCAAGCCCCGCCCGCAGUACCAUCACAUCAUCCGUUCCCACCUGGAUCGCCAGUAAUGGUUAAGCAACGGUCCGCCAGUCGUGAGAAAGACAAACAACGAAGAAAGAGUUUGGGAGGUUUGAAUGUGAUGAAAUCAUUUCUUGGAUUUGGCAAGAGUCGUGAGGAGUCGCCAUCGCAAAGGUUGGAAGGCAAGUCUGAGGAAAUGCAGAGACUACGAGACGAAGAGGAGGAGCGGAAACGGAUUCGCGAGCACUACGAUCGCCUUAGAGAGAAAGAAUUGGAAGCGAAUAGAAGUCCACAUUCUCUUACACCUGGUGCCGUAAGACGCGAACCGCAUCGAGUCUAUGCGUCACCAAACUACAACUACUCUCCUCAGUUUUCAACAACAUCAUCACCCUCUACCGAUCCACCUCUGAUCGUUGCGAAUUCUCGAUUCUAUUUUAGCCUCAGGGCUAGGCCGGAAUGUCGACCAGUGUUCCCGAAUACGAUUCCUACGAUCUCAUCGACCGAUACCACCUACACCGCUAUCCAGCCCCAGAACCGCCAGCGCCGAAAAGUUGUGCGGUCCCAACACUUGGAGGAGUUACCGCGACCUAUCAUACGAGAGUCACCUAUGGAGGAAUUCCGCAACCACCGCCCUAUCACUACGCCAUCCCAAGUUCGAAGUCCUUUCAUGGUGGCGAGGGAGUACCCAACUACCAAAUGUACGCCACCGAUUACUGUGCCGACGUCCCACCGCAGCAAAUCCGAACCGCCGUUCCCAAUCCCGACUACUACCGUAUGUUCAACUCUUGGUUUGCCUAUAGCGGAGAAGGAGUCGGCCCGCCACCAUUCGUCAAAACCGCAUACGGAACACCCUUGCGGGUCGCCCCCGAUAUGGUUGGACGGGUACCACCCAACGUCCCCGGCGCACCCCGUAACGCCCAAUAUGCCAAACAGUCCAGACAUGCAUCUGCGGAACCAUCACAACUUUAUCACCGAUAUCAAUACUAGAAACGAUAUCGGACCGCAGUUUGGACCACGUGUUUCGUUACGAGCAAGGAAAAAACGUCGUGGAGGCGUUCAGUCGGCGUUGAUCUCGUGUUCUCGACAAAGCCUCAUUCUGUCUCCUUCACCCUGCUGCGGCUCCUUCGAAGAGAAACCUCGGUCUCCCACCUUCCCUAUAAAAUCACCCCAAAUAUCUCCCAUUCCUGUCAUUAUGCGACGAUCUUAUCCCUCCUCCGGCUCCACUUCACCGAGUACCCCAUUUAACUUAUCCAAUACCUUACGUACCCAUAGUCGUAUGGUAACGGCUAUAAAUGACCCUGUAGUACAGGACGAACUGGAUCCUGUCUACGACUAUUGCCGUGUAUGGAACGACUGGAACGAACGAACCGGUGGCACAUUGCCACGACGACGUUCGAGACCGCGUCCGUUAGUGAGUAGACAGUUGCACGACGACAUUACCGAUUGCUAGUUCUAUACAGCGAAAUUUUUCUCAUUCGAAAUUUCUUCUUGUGCUACCUAGUCCUAUGCCUUCGCGAUCAGCUUUACCCUCUAAUCUGUACUAUUACCGAUACCGGGCUUUUGUGAUGAACUGUUUGUGAUGAAUGUUAAGGUUGUGUUUUGGCGUUGGCAUUAUCUAUGGGAUGUUCGCAAAUUUGGGAAGGCUUUGGAAUUGAAAAAAAAAGUUAGCGGAUACUUGCAACGAAACGCGAUUUAUUACUUACAAGCGACUUUAGUAUUUCGCGUUGGUUGACUAGGUGCCGACUGCACGAUUUAGCGCAAACGAUAUGGAUUGCUGCCAAGGCUACUGAAACAAUUUAGAAUUUUUCAAAAACCCAAAUUAGUUUUGCAAAAAUUUUUCGACACAAUCGGCUUUCUGUGGUUACCGGCCCGCAAAAAUUUGAAGUAUCUCAAAAAAAAUUUUUUUGACUAGUUUUCUUAGAGAGUGCCUGGCUGAUGUCUCAAACCCUUUUUUCGAGAAAAAAAUUCUGGGACCACCAUGCCUGUUCGAUGUCGCAUGUGAGACCACCGCUGAAAUAUACGGAGGUUAGAGGAACGAACUUCGCCAACAGGCGUCGCCUUCGCGGACCACUGACGCUGAAUAUCAACGAACCCAGUGGGUAGGCUUGACCCACAAGCUCGGUUCUCAUGAAGCUAGUGGGUCCAUGUACCCAGCAGUGUUCCCCGUGGAUAUCGAUCCAACCCCGACUUCGCCUACCCACUGGGUAGCGGAACCACUGGGUUCGUUGAUAAAAACGGUCACUGGUUUGCGCAUGCUACUGCAUACCGUGUGGAGAAGUAGUCUGCAUAAGUAACGCCAUGGCAGAAUUCGUGCCUCCUCUGGGUAUACUGUAGCAAUCCAUCUUUUGCGCUAUAAAUGCAGUUGAUACUGCGAGUAUUGCCAGCUACACUAACACUUAUUCCGUCUUUUCCAAUCAUUCCUAUGGAUAGUGGCAAUCCAGAUGUAUUCGGAUUCUCUGAUUAUACGUGCAAUGUAUGUUUUCCUUUCUCGCAUGUUUACACUCUUUUCUUUGCCUUAUUACUUGCCUUAGCGUCAGCAAAAUCAACGCUCCGAUCAUUAUUUGUGCCAUGUCAUGCACCUGUGACAAGUAUGUUUUUUAUUACUCUUGCUUCCCAUGUACCACACUCAUCUGCUUAAAGCUGCUUUUAUUCUGACAUGUCAAGUUUUCCGAACGAGAUGCUAUUUUGUUAUUUGAUAUUUCGAAGAAAUGUGUUUGUACGAAAAUCUUUUUUCACUAUAGGAUUGAUGCCUGUGCUAACGGUUGUUCAACUCGGC